AUGACAAGAGCAACUUCAAUUAACUAUGCUGAAGCAUUGACAAAGAGCAUUUUGUUUUUUGAAGGCCAGAGGUCUGGGAAGUUGCCACCUUCUCAACGCAUGACAUGGCGGAAAGACUCUGCCCUUCGUGAUGGUUCCGAUUAUCAUAUGGAUAUGGUAGGUGGAUACUAUGAUGCUGGCGACAAUGUAAAAUUCCAUUUCCCUAUGGCAUUCACAACCACCAUGCUAGCUUGGAGUGUCAUAGAAUUUGGAGAUCUCAUGGGUUCAGAACAGAAGAAUGCAUUAGAAGCAAUCCGUUGGGGAACUGACUACUUCCUUAAAGCCACAAAAUUCCCUGGUCUUGUUGUGGCCCAAGUUGGUAAUUCUUAUAGUGACCACGACUGUUGGGAGAGGCCAGAAGACAUGGACACUAGUAGAACCACAUACUUUGUAUCUCGAAAGAGGCCAGGUUCAGAGGUCUCAGCUGAGAUUGCAGCUGCACUCGCUGCAUCUUCCAUCGCAUUUAGGAGAAUUGAUCAUCGAUAUUCUAUAGUUCUUCUCAACAGGGCUAAACUUGUGUUUGACUUCGCAAAUAAAUACCGUGGAUCUUAUAAUGAUAGCAUAGGUGCUGUAGCAUGCCCCUUCUACUGUGAUUUCAGUGGCUACAUGGACGAGUUGAUUUGGGGAGCAACAUGGUUGUAUAAGGCGACCGGAGAGUCUAGUUAUUGGAACUUUGUAAAAGAAAACAUACAUUCCAUAGAAUACCCUGUCAUGAGAAAUAUAAAUGGUUUUCCAGUUCUAGUUAAUAAUGGUGGUAGUUUUGCUGAAUUUGGAUGGGACUGCAAGCAUGCUGGCAUUAACGUGCUUGUUUCGCAGUGGGUGAUGGCCGAUCCAUCCAAUGCGAGUCCUUUCAUUUCCAAUGCAGACAAAUUUAUAUGCUCUUUGUUGCCAGGAUCGCCUACCAACUCAGUCUCUUUCUCUAAAGGAGGGCUUAUGUUCAAACCUGGAGGAAGUAAUCUACAGCAUGCAACAUCGCUGUCUUUUCUUUUAAUUGUUUAUGCACGUCACAUGCAAGCUGCGAAUAAAGUAGUAUCCUGUGGGAAUGGACCUGCCAACCCGUCUAGGCUCAUAAAUCUUGCAAAAAGCCAGGUGGAUUAUAUAUUAGGAAACAACCCACUAGGGAUGUCAUACAUGGUAGGAUAUGGGAAGAAGUUUCCACAGAAGAUACAUCAUCGAGGUUCAACCUUGCCAUCUAUUAAUGUGCACCCACAGCACAUUGGGUGUCGUGAUGGAGACCAAUAUUUCAAAUCACCUGGGCCCAAUCCCAACAUCCUAACAGGGGCUGUGGUUGGUGGGCCUGCCCAAGACGAUUCUUUUGAGGACUCCCGCUAUAAUGUUGGCCAAUCAGAGCCAACCACUUAUAUGAAUGCUCCUUUCGUUGGUGUUUUAGCUUACUUCAACAAAGCAACUCAUUCUAAAUUUACAUGA